AUGGCCAAAGGGAAAGAUGUCCGAGUAACGGUGAUUUUGGAAUGUACUAGUUGUGUCCGAAACAGUGUUGAUAAGGUAUCAAGAGGUAUUUCCAGAUAUAUUACUCAAAAGAACCGGCACAAUACGCCUAAUCGAUUUGAAUUGAAAAAAUUCUGCCCCUAUUGUUACAAACAUACGAUUCAUGGGGAGAUAAAGAAAUAG